AAGUUACUUGCCUGUCGCGGGGUUGUAUCAGACAGCAAGCACCUUAUCAAAUACUUCCACUCCCGUGUUGUCCUUCAUCUUGCUUCUUCAUCAUUCCUCGUCCACCAUGCCCGACAACACAAAUGCACGCGAUGCCCUUGUCAAUCGCCAGCUACCCGAGAUGAAGCUCUCCGACGGCACAGCCGCUUCUCUCACCGGCCCUCCUCCGCCAAUGCCCCACUAUCUCAAUUCUGAAGGAAGAGCACGGUAUAGGUUUGCUGUAGAAGGAAAUGCAGUCAUAACGGGAGGCGCUGGGACGCUUGCACUAGAAGGCGCGCGCGCCUUGCUCGAGCAUGGCGUAUCCGGUCUUGCAUUGUUUGAUGUCAACCCAACACAAGCGAAACAGCACAUCCAGAAGUUGACAGUCGAUUUUCCAGACGCCAACAUCAUUGCCAAGGCGGUCGAUGUCACUGAUGCUAACAGCGUGAAUGCGGCCAUGGAAGAGACUGUACAAGACUUGGGAAGUGUUGACGUCCUUUGUUGCUUUGCUGGCGUAGUAGGCUGCACCCAUGCCAUUGACAUGUCACCCGAAGAGUGGCGAAGAGUGCUCGAGACAAACUCCACAGGCUCCUUUUUAUGUGCGCAGGCUGCCGCUAGACAGAUGAUCAAGCAAGAGUCCAAAGGCUCCAUCGUCUUCAUCGCUUCUAUUUCUGGUCACAUCGUGAAUUACCCACAACCCCAAGUCGCCUACAACGUUUCCAAGUCCUCUCUGCUGCAUCUCAAGAACUGUUUGGCGGCCGAAUGGGCCCAGUAUGGCAUUCGGGUCAAUAGUAUCAGCCCAGGCUAUAUGGACACGAUACUGAACGAGGGUGCCGGCUUGGAGAGGGCGCGGAGUGUAUGGAACAGUCGCAAUCCGAUGGGUAGGAUGGGCAUGCCUGAAGAGCUCACGGGGCCUUUGAUUCUGCUAUGUUCGAAUGCUGGGAGCUACAUCAACGCGGCGGAUAUCGUUGUGGAUGGUAAGUUUGCCCUGACCAUUGGGGCUUUGUGGGGCAAGUCGUUUAUCUUGUGACAGGCGGUGCGAUCGUUUUUUGACGUGUUUGCAUGGGCGCACGGCAUGAAGAUAUGGAUUUGGAUGAUGCUAGCGG